GCGCUGCAAAAUAAACAGCGUAUGAGAAUUACACAGAAGAGAAGAUAUUGUUGAAUAAAGUCUUUAUUUUUUUUUUGCCUUUGCGCACAAAAAGUAUUCUCGUCGCUUCAUAACCACUGCAGUCACGUUGACUGUUUUAACGAUGUCUUUAGUACCUUUCUGGACCUUGAAAGUGGUGGUUAAAUUGCUGUUUAUGGACGAGUCAAGCCUAUACCUGUCAGAUUUCAUCAAAAAUAUCUUAAUUUGUGUUCCGAAGAUGAACGAGUCUUAUGGGUGUGGAACGACAUGAGGGUGAGUAAUUAAUGACAGAAUUUUAAUUUUGGGAGAACUAAACCUUUAAUGAGAAAAUGACACAUAAAUGUUGUAAAUUUGGUCUGUCAAAACAUGGGCGUCUCUGUGUCCUCCAGUGGGCGUGUUUUGCACGCAGUGGGUGUGGACAUGUCUUAAUUUUAAUUUCAGCCACACCCCUGUUCCCACAAAAUGGCUGUGGUGUAACGCAAGACUGCCUCCAGACAAAAAAGGUUAUGGAAAGCAACAGAGAAAUGUAAAUUUUAUCGAAUUACUUGGACCUUCUAGCAGUGGCAUGUAAGUUACCAUUUGGAAUUAUGUAAACAAACUGACGUGUUUUAAAACGCGAGCUCCUGUCAACUAAUUUGAAAUUUUCACUGGAGUUCCUAAUACAGCCAUGGACGUGAGCACCUCUCUGAAGAUGAGCUCCCUGACCACCCAGAGUCUGUUCAGCUAUGUGGAGGAGGAGAACCUUUCGGCCAUCAAAGCUCAUCUGGACAAGUACAGAGAGGUGGACACCAGAAGUGAAAAUGGCCAGACUGCUCUCAUGGUGGCGUCAGAGCAGGGCAGCCUGGAGAUCGUGCAGGAGCUCAUCCGGAGGGGAGCAAACGUGAAUUUGGAUGAUAUUGAUAGCUGGACAGCACUGAUUUCAGCUGCUAAAGAGGGACACACUGAAGUGGUGAAGGAACUCCUGGAGAACAAUGCCAAUGUGGAGCAUCGAGACAUGGGCGGCUGGAGUGCGCUCAUGUGGGCUGCUUAUAAGGGUCGUGUGGAGGUGGCACAUCUACUGCUGGAGAAGGGAGCAAAUCCAAACAUCACUGGACAGUACAGUGUUUACCCCGUCAUAUGGGCAGCAGGAAGAGGCCAUGCGGAGAUUGUUCAGCUGCUGCUUCAGCAUGGAGCCAAAGUCAACUGCUCUGACAAGUAUGGCACUACACCUCUGAUCUGGGCUGCCAGAAAAGGCCAUUAUGACUGUGUGAUGCACCUGCUGGAGAACGGUGCCAAUGUGGACCAGGAAGGAGCGAACUCGAUGACUGCACUGAUUGUGGCUGUGCGCGGUGGAUUCACUGAGGUGGUGAAGGAGCUGCUCAAGAGAAACCCCAACAUGAAUAUGACUGAUAAAGAUGGCAACACGGCACUGAUGAUCGCUGCUAUAGAGGGAUACACUGAGAUCGUCCAAGACCUAUUGGACGCGGGCACAUAUGUUAACAUCCCUGACCGGAGUGGCGAUACUGUCCUUAUCGGAGCCGUCAGAGGAGGUCAUGUGGAGAUCGUCCGAGCUUUGCUUAAUAAAUAUGCUGAUAUUGAUGUCAAAGGCCAGGACGGGAAGACUGCCCUGUACUGGGCUGUGGAGAAAGGUAACGCAACCAUGGUACGAGACAUCCUGCAAUGCAACCCUGAUACUGAGGCCUACACUAAGGAUGCAGAGACUCCUCUCAUAAAAGCCACCAAGAUGAGAAACAUGGAAAUUGUGGAGCUUCUUUUGGACAAAGGAGCCAAAGUGUCAGCAGUGGACAAGAAAGGUGACACAGCCCUGCAUAUCGCCAUUCGUGGAAGAAGCCGUAAACUCGCCGAGCUGCUCUUGAGGAACCCCAAAGAUGGUCGUCUGCUCUACCGACCCAACAAAGAGGGAGAGACACCUUACAACAUUGACUGCACGCACCAGAAAAGCAUCCUCACACAGAUAUUUGGAGCCAAGCACCUGUCUCCCUCUGAGUGUGACGGGGACAUGCUGGGUUAUGACCUGUACAGCAGCGCUCUGGCGGACAUCUUGAGUGAGCCCACCAUGCAGCCGCCCAUCUGUGUAGGGCUUUACGCUCAGUGGGGUAGCGGCAAGUCCUUCCUGCUUAAGAAACUGGAGGAUGAGAUGAAGACGUUUGCCGGGCAGCAGGUGGAGCCGUUGUUCCAGUUCUCAUGGCUGGUGGUGGUUCUGACUCUGCUGCUUUGUGGAUCUGUGGCUCUGGUCCUCGGCUUCGCUGUUGACACAAAGCUGGCCAUCGCUGUGGCCCUCAGCCUGCUCACCCUUCUGUAUAUCUUCUUUGUGUUGGUGUACUUUGGUGGGAGAAAAGGAGGGGAAAGUUGGAGUUGGGCCUGGGUCCUCAGCACCAGACUGGCCCGCCACAUCGGCUACUUGGAGCUGCUUCUCAAACUCAUGUUCGUCAAUCCUCCCGAGCUUCCGGAACAGACCACGAAAGCCCUGCCUGUCAGGUUUCUGUUCACAGACUAUAACCGUCUGUCGAGUGUGGGAGGGGAGACGUCCAUGGCUGAAAUGAUAGCCACGCUGUCCGAUGCCUGCGAGAGAGAGUUUGGCUUCUUGGCCACCAGACUUUUUAGGGUCUUCAAACAUGACGAAACUCAAGGAAAGAAGUGGAAGAAGACCUGUUGCGUCCCCUCCUUUGUGCUCUUUGUGUUGACAUCGGGCUGUCUGAUCACAGGCAUGACCCUGCUGGCCAUCUUCAAGGUGGACGGGGAGAACCUCACGGUGAACACUGUUCUGAUCGCCAUGGCUAGCGUGGUGGGUCUGGCCGUGCUUCUGAACUGUCGGACCUGGUGGCAGGUGGCAGACUCUGUGCUGCACUCUCAGAGGAGGAGGCUACUCAACGCUGCCAACAGCAUGCACAAGCUCAAGAGUGAGGGAUUCAUGAAGGUUUUGAAGUGUGAAGUGGAACUCAUGGCUAAAAUGGCUAAAACCAUUGAUGGCUUCACUCAGAAUCAGACCCGACUAGCUGUCAUCAUCGAUGGCCUGGAUUCCUGUGAGCAGGACAAAGUACUACAGAUGCUCGACACGGUUCGAGUGCUCUUUUCCAAAGGCCCCUUCAUCUCCAUCUUUGCCAGCGACCCUCAUAUCAUUAUCAAGGCCAUAAACCAGAACCUCAACAGUGUGCUACGUGACUCCAACAUCAAUGGCCAUGACUACAUGCGAAACAUCAUUCACCUGCCCGUGUUCCUCAACAGUCGCGGCCUCAGCACCACCAAGAGACUCUGCAUUUCUACACCAGCCAAUGCGGAUCAACUGAACUCUGAUGUAUGGCAAGAGGACAUGGACAGGAAGUUGUCUCAGAACAGUCUCGGCGAGCAGGGCAGGCAGGGCAGUAAAACAGCGCUGAACCGCCGGGACACUUACCGCAGGAGGCAGAUGCAGCGCUCCGUUACACGGCAGAUGUCCUUUGACCUGACCAAGCUGCUGGUCACCGAAGACUGGUUCAGUGACAUCAGCCCUCAGACCAUGAGGAGACUGCUCAACAUAGUGUCAGUCACCGGUCGCCUACUUAGAGCCAAUCAGAUAAUCUUUAACUGGGAUCGGCUGGCAUCUUGGAUCAACCUGACGGAGGAGUGGCCAUACCGCACAUCCUGGAUCAUUCUCUUCCUGGAGGAAACUGAUGGAGUCUCAGACCAGGUCACACUGAAGGCCAUUUAUGAGAGGAUUUCUAAAAACAUCCCCACCACUAAAGAUGUGGAGCCUUUGUUGGAGAUCGAUGGCGAUAUUCGCAGUUUUGAGGUGUUUCUCUCAUCGCACACCCCUGUUCUCACCGCUCGUGAUGUGGAGAUGUUCCUGCCCUGUACUGUCAACCUGGAUCCCAAACUAAGGGAGAUCAUCGCAGAUGUACGAGAUGCACGAGAGCAGAUGCACCUCGGAGGAGUCAGCUAUCCCCCACUGCCCCUGCAAGAUGCUUCGGUACGGCCGCACUCUGCAUUUGGGCAGCACUCUUUGGCCUGCUCUCCCACGGGCUCUUUCCCUGGGCCUUUCCCCUCUGCUGGAGUGCUGCCAGCCGCUCAACCCCACAGCAGCUACUUUAGUGGGCUUACGGGACCCCAACACCCCUUCUACAACCGGCCGUACUUCCCUCAUCAUGUUUAUCACCUGCCCCGACAUUACCCUGGCAACCCCCAUCACACCCCUUCACGCCCUACUACUAAACUCCAUAAGGACCCAAGUCUGGGACUAGAUGUAAUCAGAGAGGACUCCAAUGAGGGUCUUCCCUCUCCUACAUCCCCCUCUAUGAUCAAAUCUCAGCCCUUCAGAAUGAAGCAGGGCUCUGGUUCUGUGGUUUCUAGUGGAGCUCAGGUCCUCCUCAGUUCUCUUAGCAUUGAUGGAGUGUGUGAGAAGCUCAGACAGAUCCAGGGCCUGGACUCCAGCAUGCUGGAACAGUACAUCGGCACAAUCAAAAAGGCCAACGUGAACGGUCGGGUUCUGUCUCAGUGCAACCUUGAUGAGCUCAAGAAGGAAAUGAACAUGAACUUUGGAGAUUGGCAUCUCUUCAGGUCCAUGGUUCUAGAGCAGCGUCAUGUGGAGAACCAGCUGCUGCAUGAUGAAUCAGGAGCGUGCAGCGAGCAGGGCAGCAGCGUGUUGAUUCAACCCCAACCCCAUAGACCCUCUGAAGCGCCACAAGACGUGACCAUCAACCCAGAAAACUUCGCGUACAGCCUCAACCUAAGCUUUGAAGAGCUCAGCGGUGUGGGGCUGGAGGAGCCCUCCAGACAACACAAUGCCCACUGGCUGGCCAACACUCACCGGACACCCAGUGUAUCUAGCCUGAAUUCUCAGGAAUCUUCCAACGACAUCUGUAGGCUGACCGACAAGCAGCAGGCCGAGUAUCACAAUGCUUACCAGGAGUACAUCUCCCACAUGUCCCAGCUGGAGGUGUCUGCUGCUGGACGAGAGAGUCCCGCUCAGCUCCUCUCAGCCAGCUCAGAGGAUAAGACUAAGGAAGGUGAGCAAGACUGGCGCAAACCCUAUGCCAAAAAUGGCUCCAAACCCGCAGACACUAUGGCAGCCUUGUCCUCUGCCCCGGACGGUGGUCUUCUACACCCCAUUACAGAGGAGGAUGAGCACGGGUCUGCCUCUAAAAUCACACCCAGACGCAAGACCAAAGGCCAGGGGCCUUGCUACCACAGCGUGCCGAGCGAUGAAGAAGACUCAGGGGAUGAGGAGACCGACGCCACCCCGCUGCUGAGAGAGGAACCCUGGGCCGCCGAACCAGAUCUAGGCCUCUUAGCUAAAGGGAAGAGCUUCGUCUCAGACAUCAUGCUGGAUAAGAAAUCAUCGGACUCCGGAGUGAGGUCCAGCAGGAGCUCAUCCGACCACUCUCUACAAGACGAGGAGAGCGAAACAGCCCAGGAGAUGGAGGAGAAGAAAGAAGAAGAGGCCCAUCUUAUCGAACUGGUUCUUGAAAGCCCGGUUAAAAAGCGAGUCUUACCGCACAGGCUGGGCAACCUUCAAGACGAGGCCGUGGCCCGGAUGUCCAUCUGCUCUGACGCUCUGUCUGACAGCAGUACACCUGAGGAGACCUGGCCCGCUUCAGCCGUGAGUAACCUCAACUGCUCAACCGACAACGCUGCGCUCAACAACAACAUCAACAACAGCACCCAGCAGGAGAUCUCCGGCUCCACUGACUGCCCCACAAUCAUUAUCAGACCAGGAUCCAGCACAGACACCACCACACUGCCCAACCAGAACCUGCGUGGAGUCCAACGCAAGAGCUCCACCGGUCCCACCACCGAUGCCGCUGAGGAACGAGAGAGUGUCCUCUGAGCGCAACCAGGUUUAUUUAACUCAAGGACGCCUAAUUCUGUUCCUGGAGAUCUACGUUCCUGUAGACUUCAGUUCCAACUCCAUUGAUAGAUGGCUGCUUCGGGUGCAUUUGAUCAGGGUUGGAGCUGAACUUUGCAGGAAUGUAGGGUGAAUUCAGGGUGAUUGGGACACUUUUUGCUAUUGAAAAGUGUCCCAUUCAACCUGAAUUUACCCCUACAUCUCCAAGAACAGAAUUUGUCACCUCUGCUUUAACUGCUGAAGGUUAAAUUACUGUAAAACUUCGUUCAUGCGCUGUUACUGCACAUUGUCAUGGUGUUCAUUCAGAUUAGAAUACUUUUCAUAGUUAACACAUAAGCUCAGCUAUAACUGCAAAAUCACUUUCUUAAUCAGUAUUUUUGCUUAGUUUUGCAUACAAAAUGUUUAAAGGUUCAUAAAACAAGAAAUUGACAAUUAUAACAGUAAAAUAAGUUAUUUUAGCAUAAAUCUAGCCUAAAAUGUAUGGUUUUUAAAGGUAUUGGUAUACUUUACAAUAAGGUUUCAUUUGUUUACAUUAGUUAAUGUAUUAAUUAACAUGAACUAACCAUGAGCAAUACAUUUGUUGUUACAGUAUUUAUUAAUUUUUGGUAAUGUUAUUUAAUAAAAAUCCAGCUGUUCAUAGUUUGUUCAUGUUAGUUCACGGUCUAUUAGCUAAUGUUAACAAAUACAACUUCUGAUUUUAAUAAUGUAUUAGUAAAUGUUGAAAUUAACACUUUACAAUAAGGCUCAUUAGUUAACAUGAACUAAUAAUGAACUGCAUUUCUACAGCAUUUAUUAAUCUUUGUUAAUGUUAAUUUCAACAUUUACCAUUAUAUUAUUAAAAUCAAGAGUAACAUUAGUUAAUGCACCGUGACCAAACAAUGAACUGCUGUAUUUUUAUUAACUAACGUUAACAAAGAUUAACAAAUACAGUAACAAAUGAUUAUGGUCAUGGUUAUUUCAUGUUAGUUAAUACAUAAACUAAUGUUAACAAAUGAACCUUAUUGCAAAGUGUUUAAGGUUUUUUACUUUUCAAUUCAGCAAUUCAGGAAAAUAAUUAUGGUAACUAACAAUGAAAAAUGUUAAUUUAGGUUAAUGUUCACUUUUGCAUAUACAUGUUUAAUUGAACAUGAAUUACAACAAUGACCAAUAGUGUAUUUAUAAAUUAAUAUUAAUCUAAAUUAAUUCAGUGUUAAUUCAUAAAACCUAAUUCAGUGAAUGUUCACAAUUUGGCAACUUAUUCUCUAAAAAUAAGUCUUAAUAUACAUUAUUACACAAUUUAAUCUGGUUUUAUCCGCAAAUGUAUCUUAUUUUAAUGACGUUUAAAUAUUUUUCAACUGUAAAACAAAACAAAAAUACAGAUUAAGAAGUUGCAGUGUAAAAGUGUGAGAAACGUGAUUAUUGUAGCUGUUGUUGGAGUGCUAAAAAUGCAAUAAACGGAGGCUGUGAAGCUGUUCCUAGUUUCUGAUUUGUUUAGUGCAAAUCCUGUAUUUCAUGCUCCGUUGCGAACAUUAAAUAUCUAGUGUAGGUUGGUCCACAAUAUUCAAACCCAUCAUGUAGAGUGAGGAUUUAACCACAUGCAGGUAGUGCUGCUGUUUUUGCGGUGAUCGCUGGUAUUGUGAAAGCUGUGAUUUAUUUGUGAUUGAAUGCCCGGUUCACGUUCAGGUCAUCCCUAUAGUUUGUGUUCUGCUUUGUAGUGUUUUAGAGGAGUGAAUUGUGAAUGGAUAGAUCAAGAGAAAAACAAGAAAAUGUAGAGGUUUCUAUAAGGCAUGAUUUGUGUGAAUGCCAAGUAUGUUUUGUAAUGUUUUCUUAUAUUAAUAAACAUUCUUUUUAAACCUUUUGAAA